UAGUAUACACAAAACAAGCAAAAAAAUGCAUUCAAAUAAUUCGUCAUUAGCUGAAAAGUCCUUUAGAAUAAAGCAUGAUGAAAGGUUCUUCUCAAAGCUUAUGGCCAAAGAAGAAGGUUCUUCAUCAAGAAUUUUCUACUAUGGAGAAAAAUCAGUGGCUUCAGUUCCAUUCACGUGGGAGGCACAACCUGGAACACCUAAACACCCUUUGUCUGAUUCUUCUUUGUUGCCACCACUUACACCUCCACCCUCUUUUUAUUCCAAUAAUACCCCUACUAGUGCCAAGAAGAAGAGGAGGAGCUACUACUCAUCAAAGAGGGUCAAUGAUGUCAUUUCAACUAUUUGGUUAAGACUAUCAUCAAGUAAGAAAGCUCAUCAUGUGUCACCAUCUUCAUCUUGGUCACCAUCAUCUUCUUCUUCAUUGUCUUCAUCUUCUUGGUCAUUUGCAUAUAACAAUUAUAAUUCAUCAUCUUCUCCUUCAUUUUCCAUGAGAGAAAAUCAUAAUAAUCAUGGUAAUAAUGAGGGAAUUAGUAGCGUCUCCUUCUCACACUCAUCAUCAUCAUCAAGGUCCUCUAUUCCUACUGCUACUAUUAAAUCAUCUUCUUCUACUUUGAAGCAUAAUAAAUGUGCACGUGGUGGUUUUCUUAUUAGAGGGUGCUACGCUUUUUGGAACAUGAAGAAUGCAACUACCGUGUAAGCUAAGAUGUUUUAGCUACUUAAUUAAUUAACUAGCUUGAUUUGGAUCUCUACAUCUUGUAGACAUAUAUAAUGUUUCAAAAUUUAGUAUUUUGGACCACAAGAUUUGUUACACAACAAGUGCUAAUUAAGGACCAUGUUGUUGUUGGUGUUAUUUCUCAUGUAUAUGCUUCAAUUUAAUUUACAUUUUUUACUAGCAGUUUUAAUUUAUCAUAUGUCCCUUCUCUAUCUUCUAGUUGUUUGAU